GUUGCUUCACUACACUUCUCCUUUUUCUGUUUCAAACAGCAGCCAUUGCAUUGUCCCCCCCCCUCCCUCCGCUCCAGUUUUGUUUUGUCGCUGUGAGAAAGACGUGUGGGGCUCACCAGUGGUCCACACCUUCACACAGCUUUUGAACGCACCUUGGAUUAUUCCCUGUUUCACCUUUUGUUGUCCGUUUUUCUCUUGAUUUUCAUUGGUUACUAAGAUCGGCACUUGUUCGGUUGCUAUUAUGGACCUUGUCACCCGAAUCCUGUGUCUUUGAGGUGUAGAUGCUCCAGGCGCAGCGGGACCCAGCCUCCGUGUCAGAGAGGGACGAGGCUGCUCCCACCUGGGCCACAGCACUCCUCUGAAACUCAGCUUGUGGUCUCUCUCUCUCUCGGAGCACUAACUGCCCAGGUCAGAAAACAGGAGGACGACAACGGGGAAGCCAUUUUGUGAGGUGAAGCUAAGUGUCUGUCUGUGCAGAGAAGGAGCCGGAGUAUAGCCGGGAUAUUUUAGGCUGUUCCCUGCCCUCUGAACUCCACUGCCAUGACGACUGCAGUGCAGCCCAGUGAACUGGUGUUUGAAUUUGCCAGCAACGGGAUGGACGAAAUCAAUCAGCUUGACGACCCGUCAGUAUUCCCAGCAGUGAUUGUUGAGCAGGUGCCUGCAGCUGAUCUGCUACAGGUCUACUCGGGCCUGGAGUCGGAUGAGGUGCAAAAUGGCAUCAUGGUGGACACCACCCUCCACGUGGUGGAGGAAUCACCCAUCUUGGUCGGAGGAGUGGACCUCCCAGAAACAACAGUCUCAGGUGCAGAGGACAGCAUGGAGACGAACGAAGCUGCAGCUGCUCUUCUUAACAUGGAGUCUCCAAACAACAUUUUGGAUGAGAAGCGUAUGAUUCACACCUAUGGCACUCUGCUGGAGGCAGACCUGACAUAUGCCCCACUGAGGCCUGACCAGAUGGACAGUGCUGCCCUUGACAUGUCCCUAGACGAGGACACUUCAUCCAUGGAUGAGAUUCCCCAAAAGUGUCCCUUAAAACCUCAGAAAAAAAACAAAGUGCGGAAGCCGCGGGCGGUGCGUCCCUGCUCCCCUAUCACCACCCCUAACCUGCCACUCAGGAAGAAGAGCAAAGAGGGCAAAGGCAACACCAUCUACCUGUGGGAAUUCCUUCUGGCUUUACUGCAGGAUAAAAACACCUGUCCCAAAUACAUCAAGUGGACACAGCGGGAGAAAGGCAUCUUUAAGCUAGUGGACUCCAAAGCUGUUUCAAAGCUGUGGGGCAAACAUAAGAACAAGCCUGACAUGAACUAUGAGACCAUGGGAAGAGCUCUCAGGUACUAUUAUCAAAGAGGCAUCCUGGCUAAAGUGGAGGGGCAGCGCCUGGUGUACCAGUUCAAGGAAAUGCCAACUGAUCUGGUGGUGAUCGAGGAUGAAGACACGGGCUCUGAUGCCAACGCCGGCUACGGAAACCAGAGAUCCAAUGGGAGGUCUGUGGUCCGUGGAGGAUCCAAAGGGCAUGGGAAGGCUCAUGGUCAAAACCAAGUCUCAUUGAAGCAGAUGAAGAAGGAGCCCACUGAUGAAUGUCUGUACCAGGAAGCUAAUGGGCAGCUCCUUCAUUCUGUCAGUUUGUUGCAAGCAAGUCAAGGGUCCGGUGUUCAAGAUUCUGUACAAGCUAUGACGACCAUCGCUGCCCCAGCAUCAGUUCCUAUGGUUUUGACUUCUUCUGGCUCUCUUCAGUCAGUUCCCCUCACCACUGUUCUGGCCAACGGGGACUCCAGCCACUCCCACUCCCCUCAGGUUAUUCUCCACACCAUGCCCUCCACCGCAGCAGGUUGUAAAGAUGUGCUCACCAUCCAAACAGCCUCUCUAACAGGUGGAGCCAAUAGCCUGCAGGAUGGGCUCCCACAGCAGCUCCUGGUCACCAGUCUGGGCUCGUCCGCUGUCUCCUCUUCCACCUCCUCCUCCUGCACUUCCCCUCCAGGGGUCAUUAGUUCCACUGCUUCCAACCUCAAUGGUCUCCACCGCCUUGUCGCUAUCAACACCACCUGUGGGCAGACCAUGGUGGCACAGCAGCCUGGCACCGUAAUUGCCACAGUGCUCAAAUCCAGCGAUCUCUCGGGGCUGCAGGUCAAAGAGGAGAUGCUGGACCCGAGCUACUUCCAGUCGAUGGUGAAUGGCGAUCCAUCACUGGCGGCACAUACAUUUGCGAAAGAAGAGAUCGAGGUAGGGGAGGCGGAGCUGCAGUAUAGGACUGUGAUCAUUGAUACCAGUCAAAGCCAAGGCCAGGAUGCUGCAAGUGAAACUAUAAUUAAUGGACAUUCCUCCCAUAGUAGCAGCCCUAGUGAGGGCCUGACCCCUGUGGAGGAGCUGGAAGUGCGUGGGGAGAUGUCCCUGCAGCCUGAGCAAGGAAUCAAAGGUCUGCAGGAGCUGCCACUUUCUGUCCAACUGCCUGCAAACUUUAUUCAGAUAAAGACAGAGCCUGCAGAGGUUUAGGGCUGCAGGACUCUUUCAGACAAGCUGAACCAAAAACAACAAUUAAAUCCAUUUGGACCACAGACGUUGAUGUUUUCUUUUCAAACCAGAGUGAUCUGAUCAGAGAUCAGAAGCGAGGGAUCUUGCAGCAUUUUGCUCUUACAGUUUGGUCAGUUCAGCCUCAGGAUUUAUUGUUUACUCACAUGUUUUGUGACCACGUGCCUAAUUUUAAAAAAAUCAAUGUUUAACGUUUAGUUUUUUUCUAAGAAGUCACUUUUCAGAAUUGGGAUUAUAAUCUGUAGACAUGAACCCCAACGCACACAGACACAGAUACGCUCAAACAAAGACACAAAAAGACACACACAUGCACACAAAACACCUCCCCCUCUAGGAGAACAGCCAUUGGAUAAACCAGGGAUUCCGUCUACCAAAUGUGCCAGUUAGUAAUUUUCUUACUUUACAUCUCACUGGACUUGUAUGUUUAAAGCGGAGAAUGUAACAAGCCAAAACCGAGGACUGACUGCCAAAUGGUGCAAUGAAAUCAGACUUCUGAGAGCAUGCAGAGUGAAUGUGUUUCUGUUCCCAUGGAUGAGGAGUGGAUGCUGUGUCACGGUGUCCAAUCCGGUGGAAAAAAAAACACACAUCUCAGAGUUUAAUUGAAGAGUGCCUUACAGGAAGUUCAAACAGCUCAAGACUCUUGGAUUCUUGGAAACGUUGGGGGGAAAAAGAUGAAAAAUGGACUAAAUGGCUUUUCAGACUUUUAAGAACUUAUUACGCAUUUAUUUUCAUAUAAACAAAAAAGGUAUGCAAUUGUUCUCUAUUACUCCUGGCCUUAAAACACUGUGUUACUAUGGAAAUGGGCAUUUUCUGUCCACCAAGGACAGUCCAACAUCUAAACUAUUUGUAUAGAGCCACAAACUGGAGGCACAGCGACACUGAGAGGCACAAAUGGAGAGAAAGAAUACGCAGGAUAAAACAGAUUUUAUCAGGCUCCAAGGUUUAAACCUUGUUUAUAUGAAACGGAAUAUAUAUGAAUAUAUAUAUAUAUAUAUACAUAUAAUAUACAAUUGAGAUUCAAUUUUAAGGCCACAGCGAAUUUAUUUAUUUUGUGAAUUUCUAAAUUCUGUAUAAAAAAGGCACAUUUGUCUUCUAUUUACAUGUGUAAACAUGAGGGAAAAUACAAAGAAUAUGAACGUUAAUACCAGGAAGCUUAUUUGGUAGGUUUUUUUUUUUUGUGUGUGUAAGACCAACAUUUUUCAUUUGUAUAGCCUUCCAUAUAAUCAGCUUUGCUUUUUUCUUGAGUCUUGGACUCGAGUGCUCAGUGCAGCAUCAUUAUUCCACUGUUAUAUUCUGUUAUUGUAGAUAGCCUCAGUUGUGUCUGAUUUAAACAUGUACUGAAUGUGCUUUUGAUUUCUUCUUCUUUUCAGCGGACAUACCUCUUUACCUUUUUCAACAGUCGAGCAGUCGAGGCUAUGUAUUCACAAAUAUUAUGUUCUUUGUAAUUCACAGUGUCAGAUGUAUCAAUCAAUACUUCUUUGAAAUCAUAUGUGACGAUUCCUUUUUUAUUUCGUAAAGAAACCAGUACCAUACCAGUGCUGUUUUUUUCUCACUUUGUUUCUUCUGUGCCUGUCCUCACCUCUCCCGUCAUCUCCUCUGGCCUUGUCUCUUUUCUCCUCUCGUCUCGUCUCCUUUCAUCUUAUCUCAUCUCCUCUCACCUUGUCCCCUCUCGUCUCACCUCCUCUCUUCUUCUUCUGUACUUUUUCCCUGUCUCCUCCUCUCUCUCUCUCUCUCUCUCUCUCUCUCUCUCUCUCUCUCUCUCUCUCUCUCUCUCUCUCUCUCUCUCUCUCUCUCCUCUCUCGUCUCUUCUUGUCUCCUCUCUUCUCUCCUCCUCCUCUCCUGCUCUUGGGUCAGUCGAGUCUGUGCCUUCUUUAUUUGCUGUCCCACUUUGUUAAGGACCUUCCCGGCCAGCCUUCCGAUUGGCUCCUCGGGCCUGCCGGGGAUGAAGCCAUAUUGAUCCUGAGCGGUAUCACGGCUAAAUUGGUUGUAUUUUCCACCCUGACUGUAGCUGCAGAGUGAGGACAUUCAGACAUACUGACCUCCAUCUGCCCUGGCACCUAAGGACAGGAGUUAAACGCUGCUUCACAACCCCACAUCAGCCAAAGUGCUCUUGGUCUGCAAAGACACUCUGAAUGUACACUUCUUUCUUGACAAUCAAUAAUUACACUGGGUUACAUUUGCAUUGAAAUCAGCCUUUGAGUGGGGAUUUGCUCCUUUUUUUGUAUAUAUUCUUGAAUCUGUCCUGCCUUUUCCUUAAAGCACUGUCGUCUGUGAGAUGUUGAGGUAUGUCCACUGCUUAUGUUUGGUUGCUUCUUUUGUCUUGGGUUGUCAAUGGCCUCCCUUAUGCUGAAUAUAGAAUAGAUUUUUAAGAAAAAGUCAGUGUACUUAUUAAAAACAAAAUCUUCUU